UCACAGACCCCAGGUGGAGGCGGGCACGUCCUGUAAAACAAAAAAGAGACAUGACGGAGUGAACAAUCUUUUGCGUGUCUCAUACUUGCAAGGAGAGACGCGGCCACAACUCUUCGUCAUACACGGUUAUAAGCUCUACCACAAACCAACUCAUAACUAAGAAUGUCCGUAAAGGCCUGCUUCCUACCGAAACCACCGAGCACCAUGUUGAUAUGCGUCUGCAGCAUCAUUUUUACGAGUUCUCUCAGCCAAAUCAACACCCAAAAGCCACGCCCACUGAUACCUACCCAUCGAUACCUAAACAAACCAUAGAAAAAAGAUUCGCUUUCAUUCGCUUCACACAUCCAUUCUUACACACCAGAAAAGAUACAUCCUUGUCUGCACCACGGACAGCACUGUUCGGGUGCUUUCGCAUAUUGUCAGUCGCUUCUCUGUGCCGUCGUCAAUGCUGCUGAGGAUGGUGCCACUCCGCCAUGUGAGUGACUGUCGUUGUAGGGCCGAAUCGCAAGUAAUGGCCCGUUUAUAUCGCCAAUAGCGUUUGAACCGCCACACCUGCACGGUCCUUCGCCAGAGACACGUGUGAUUAAUGAGGACGGCCAGUGCGGCGAGGAAGUAGCAGAGCCAGGCUGUUGAGUAGAAGAGUGUCAGUGGAGUCCACUUGACUCGCACAUCCUUCGGUCUCGGGCGAACGACAGCUUUCGCAAAGUAUUCCGCCUGCAUGCACGUCCACACACCAAUGUUUCAAAUGUUGUAUCUCUUCAGCUGACAGCACUUUACAUUUUGGAAACGCGGUAUCUCGUCUUUUGAGUACAUUUCUGCAUCCACAACAAACAAUGUAUCGUUUGCGGGUUUGGGUUCCUCAAGCACCACGCACCAAUCGGUAGUGGCUCCAGGCAUUCGGCCUGACAGCGUAGAAUGGCGAUUGUCCCAAGCAAGACGAGCACGACUAAAAGGAGAUAGUUGAAGACCGUCGUCACGUCCCUGUAGUGCGAUUGCUUGAGGAAGCUCAGCUCAUCAUCCUUCAAAUUCCCAAGCGUCGUGCAAGUCACCGAGCCCUUCCUCCCAUGUUUCUCGCUCCCGUCAGCCAGCGACUUGCGGCGUCUGCGGGGCGCAAUGCUUGGGGCGAUUUCAUCGAGGUCGUCGGCGAAUGCUUGAGCUACCCGCGUCUUCGUGACCUCAUCGUCAUCGGACGGGGCCCUCGGGAGUUGGGCAGGGAAUAUGCUUGUCAGGGCUUCGCUUGCUCGCCUGACUGUCCGCAUGAGAAAAAGAGAGACGGGGCGACCUCAGAGCCAGCGAUGUGACCCCUGCACGCAGAAAUUUAACACAGAGAGAGAGAGACGCUCUCAAGAAGUAAGAAAUGAGGGGAGGGCCUUACCACGAGUUGGGGUGCGUUCAUGAGCGCUCCAUUGGUGAGCGCUCUUGACCG